AUGAGCUAUGUUGCAUCCUCGCCAUGGCACUGCACGUUUUAUAGCGCUGCCAUCGACGAUGACGUCGCUCCGGAGAAUGUGGAGGAGUUCCCUUGCACGAGCUGUGAACGUCGGGGAUGCGCAUCUGUUUGUCCUAACGGGAUUGUUGAGGCAGGCCGUGGAUCCAGACGACAUAUCUUGGCAACAACAUCACAGCUUCAAGAAACCGUACGAUGCCUAGAAGCCCGCAUUUCCGAGCUCGAAGACGCCCUAGAAGAGUCUCAUGCUAGAUAUUCAACGAAUCCACACCCACUCCUUCAAGAUCGUGCGUCGACUCAAGCACAAACAUCAAACGCUCCCUCGACUUUCGUUCCUAUUCACGGGCAACCAUCCCCGCCCUCUGCCACUAUCGCUUCUACAUCACCUCCGGCUUACUCGCCGCAAGAUUCGGUCUAUCACAUUGACAAUCCAGGAUCUAAUACUCCUCAUGCACAUCCCUUCUCCGACGUAAGUGGGAGUGCUAUCGACGAGUUGAUCAAACGCUCAAGAUGGGAGGACACUUUACAGCAUUACGAUCAGAUAUCACAAGCAACUAUGGGCAACACUGGCGAUGUAUCAUCGUCUUCAUCAUCCGUCGAAUUUACGACACCUGUAGCAUCUUUGUAUACCAACCACAACAUUAGCAGUGUACGCUCAGGACUUCCUCAGGGACAGCAGCAGGACCGCAUCCCUGAGGUCUCGGACUACUAUAUGUAUCAUUCUUACUAUCAGAAUCAAUGGCCUUAA